UAGUUAUUAUUAUUUCUAUGUUUAUUUCUAGUUUAUUAUUUAGAUCAUGUUCUAGAAUAUUCUACUUUCUAUGAUGGUGCCACAUGUAAGGUCACCUUUCAUCCCUUAGAGUGGAUAGUUAGUAUAAGUUGUAUGGAUUCCAUUAUGAAAGAUUAACAAGAAAAUUGACAAAGUUUUAUUUUAUCUUCUUUUCUUAGUUUUCUUUUGAUUUUCUUCCUUUGAUUUUACUUGGUAGAGUUUCUCCCUACCAAUUUGGUGCUUCCAUUAUCGAUCUCUUUCCUCCAUUACAUCAUGGUGCUCAGCUAUGAUGUGUUAUCAUCCCUCCUUGCAGCUCAACAUGAUCCCAGAUCCAUUUUCUACACCCAUUCUUCACCUUCCUGCCCCGCCAUUAAUGGUGGAUUUUCUGGGCACAUAACUGCAGAUCCUUGGUUCAUGGACCAAGUAGCAUACCAGCAUACCCAACCACCAACAAUCCCACCACAACCACCACCUCUUUCGUACUACCAGAAUGUAUCUGCUGAACCUGUCCCUGUUUCACCUCAAUAUUCAUCCUACCCACAAAAUUACCUGCCCACUUUCCCACACCAUUCUUCUCCUCCCCAUCGAACUUACGCACAACACCACAACCCAACCAGGCCCAAUCCAAAAUCUGCCCCAACAUUCACCCAGAAACACAAUCCUACGUUCACAAUGUUCAACGGAGAACACCCAGACUUAUGGCUCUUGAAUGUUGAGCUCUAUUUCAUGUUCCACCCAUACCCACUUGAAAUACGUUUUCACAUUAUUGCCAUGUAUUUAGAGGGGAAAGCUCUAACAUGGUUCAGAUUGUGGGAACACCAGCUGGAUUCAUGGGAUAAAUUCAAAGAAGUGUUCACAUUUCAGUUCGGAAACCCCAUAUCUGAACAUUGGGAGGAGUCAAGUGCGCCUGUUCUUGACAGCACAACAGUGGUUGUGUCUUCUGGCCAAUCGAAGCAUCAUUUUCCGCAGCCAUCUACAAACCUAACAGAAGCUGAAUUUGAUGAAUCUGAUGACAGUUCCAGCCACGAGGAGGACAACCUAUUGGAGAAUGCAGAACAGGUUCAGAAUCUGGAAGAUCCUAAUCAUCUCGUUGAAUUAUGCUUUGAAGAUGUAUCAGAAGUUUUGUCUGAUGGUCUAUCAAUACAAAUUUCUACCCAGGAGUGUCCUCUAUCUGACAAGAUAAACAAUGGUCUUGGUGUUGCUCUUGUGGGACAACUUUAUCAACCAUCUGAGCUCCUUGACCACCAAUGCUAUUGUUGUCCUUCACCAACAGUCACCAACCUGAUCAGAAACAAUAUGCUACAUUUGAAUCUUUUUAUUUCUGGGAUAGAAGGAAGGGUUGCAUAUGACAGGGUGGUUGAAGAGACAAGCAAGUUCAGCUUAAGGGAGUGGGAACUAGUUCAACAUUCACAAGAGGGUUAUUUUUUCUCUCAUGUUCAACUAACACAUACAAAGAUACAACUGGGAUGGAUGCUACCUUGGGUCUUUCAAACAGCUGUUUAUGAGCUUCAGGCCAAGUGCUCGACUCCAAUGCAUCAGCCAAUGAGAUUCACCAUUGAGACGAGAGUUUUUCUAUUCACCAAAUCCAAAGAAGUCUCUCUUGCAGCUAUCAUAGACAAGGUCCCAUCCAAAGCUGCAUUGGAAUACAUUUUGGGGCUCUUGGGGAAUGCAACAGUAGCACAAUUAAUUGUUACUUCUGUGCUUCUUCAGGGACAUGCACAUCCACAAUGUGUAUCAUUUUCCCCACCAAUGGACAGACAAGCCUUGCAUAACACUGUGUUCACAAGGGGUCAAACGAAGCUUGCUCACCACACUCAACAUUCUUUCAAUUGGGUUUUGCUUAUAUUGGGCUGGACUUAUGAGACUCCCCAAUGGCCACCACUUGAAUUGUCUUUCCAACAAGGCUUAAUAGUGUGGCUAGGCUUCCCCAUCGGCCAUGGAAUUAAAUGGCGUGAACUUCUUGCUUCAUGGGACAACACACAAAGCAUUUUUAUUCUACUGGGAUGGGAAUUGUUGCUACACACCACAUCAAGUCACUCUAUUGGCCCUUCAUGCUACCUUGAGGCUUCCAUUAAAAAUGACAGUUUCUUAUUUUCAUGGACUUGGCCUCAUUGACAGUACUCUCCUAGCAUGGAUCUUUCUUGUUGCAUGGCUAGCUCACUUUUCCAUCCUUGAGGACAAGGAUGUUUUCAAGGGGAUGGUAAUGGUAGAGGGUUGCAUUCUCAAUGGGCUUCUAUAGCUACAUCAUUUAUGGACCUCAAGUUACUAUGCCAAUUAUAAUUAGUUAUUAUUAUUUCUAUGUUUAUUUCUAGUUUAUUAUUUAGAUCAUGUUCUAGAAUAUUCUACUUUCUAUGAUGGUGCCACAUGUAAGGUCACCUUUCAUCCCUUAGAGUGGAUAGUUAGUAUAAGUUGUAUGGAUUCCAUUAUGAAAGAUUAACAAGAAAAUUGACAAAGUUUUAUUUUA